AACGACCUCCUCUGACUCGUCCGCACGCACGCACGCACGCGCGCGGAAACCCGCGGACCGGGAUUACAACAGCUGGAGCGUCGCGCGCACAAGUAGCUCGUGUUUAUGUAAUGCCAUACGUGACAGUGACUGCGUGUGUGCGUGUGCGUGUGCGCGCUGGAGCUGGCGCGAGCUGGUCCGGCAUGCGUCGCAGCGGUCACACGCUGAACAUCAGCUCCACCGCACGCACGUAGACCGCGCGGGGGUCGGAUCGGUGGAAUUCGUCGCGUCUCCUCUCCUUUUUUUUCGCAGAGAGAGAGAGCGCGCUCGCGCGCGCGGGGUCCGGUCGUUCGGGAGGGAGUGUGCGGUGCGGGGGGGGGGGGGAGGAAGGGAGGGUUGAAGGUACCGUGCAGGGAGGAGAAGAGCGCCGGUCUCCUGGCCCAACCGGAGCAUCCCACUCCCCGGGGCGGGCAGCAACCCCUCCGCGCCUCAUCUCCAGAGGGAGGCCCGGAGCGGCGGCAGGAUGUAGCGGCGGAUUAGCGGAGGAGAGAGGGUCGCUCAGCGGAAGAGAGGGCGGCGGAGGGAGGGUCGCUCGGCGGAAGAGAGGGCGGCGGAGGGAGUGGGAGGGACGGAGGGGACAUGGGGAAGGACCAGGAGCUGCUCCAGGCCGCGAAGACCGAGGACCUGCUGACCGCUCAGCGGCUUCUACAGAGACCUCGGCCAGGGAAAGCCAAGCUCCUCGGAGCUGCAAAGCGGGUGAACGUCAACAUCCAGGAUGCCGAUGGGUUGGCACCGCUGCACCAUGCUGCUCUAAGUGGUAACAAGGAGCUGAUCUCUCUGCUGCUUGAGGCCCAGGCAGCAGUGGAUAUCAAAGACAAUAAAGGGAUGCGUCCUCUGCAUUACGCCGCGUGGCAGGGGAAGACCGAACCGAUGAAAAUGCUGCUGAAGUCAGGCUCAUCGGUCAACGGACAGUCAGAUGAAGGACAGAUUCCUCUGCACCUAUCAGCUCAGCACGGACACUAUGACGGGUCGGAGAUGUUGCUGCAACACCAGUCCAACCCGUGCAUCUCAGACUCGGCGGGGAAAACGCCGCUGGACCUCGCCUGUGAAUUUGGUCGCGUCGGAGUGGUCCAGCUCCUGCUCAGCAGUAACAUGUGUGCAGCCAUGCUGGAACCGAAACCCUCCGACCCCAACGGAGUGUCACCUCUCCAUCUCGCCGCCAAGAACGGACACAUAGAUGUCAUUCGGUUGCUGAUUCAGGCCGGCAUUGACAUAAACAGACAGUCGGAGUCCGGCACAGCGCUGCAUCAGGCAGCCCUCUGUGGGAAGACAGAGGUAGUGCGUCUGCUGCUGGAUAGCGGCAUCAGCGCAGGGGUGAGAAAUACCCUGAGUCAAACUGCCCUGGACAUCGUGAACCAGUUCACCACCACACAGGCCAGCCGGGAGAUCAAACAGCUGCUGAGAGAUGCCUCGGCCGCGAUGCAGGUGCGCGCGUUGAAGGAUUACUGCAACAACUACGACCUCACCAGCCUCAACAUCAAAGCUGGAGACAUUAUCACGGUUCUGGAGCAGCACUCUGAUGGCCGGUGGAAAGGCUGUAUUCAUGACAACCGCACAGGAAAUGACCGCGUCGGCUACUUCCCGUCCAACAUGGUGGAAGUCAUCAAGAGGGCAGGUCACUCCCCGUCCCAGCAUUGCCACACCCUCCUGCUCCGCAGGCCCAACCCCUGCCCCAUUACCACCGCCAACGGACACUCAUACCCCCCCUCCAAAGUCCUCCCCCUGCAUCUGCAUCUGCCUCCCCCUCCUCCCCAUCACGCCGACUCACUGUCCCUCCCUCGGUUCUCCUCGUUUGGGUACGUUCCUUUUCCCAUCUCUCCUCCUUCGCUGUCUACUCCUGCUCUGUCCACUCCUCCUCCUCCUCCUCCUCCUGCUCCUCCUCCUCCUCUCUCCACUUCUCAGGAGCAGCAGAGUCAGACAGGUUCGAGGACCGCGGAGCUGAGUCCUCAAGGGUCCCCGACCCUGGGCCACCCGAGUGGCUGCAGUGAGGACAUCUGGGUGCUACGCAAACCGCUGGCAGCUGCGGAACGCAGCGGCAGCGUGGGCAGCAUCGGCAGCGUGCGGUCGACCAGCAGCCUGCAGAGCUCUGGAAACACGCACGUCCUGACCACGCCGGUGCCCAGUCCCCACCCGGCGUCCACGCCCGGGGUCAACACGCACGGGCUCAACGCCCCGGGGCUGCACGCGCAGGCCGAAGGGGUGAAGCUCCUGGCCACCGUGCUGGCCCAGUCGGUGAAGGCCAAGGAGCAUCUCCUGGAGCAGUCGCAGUCCGUUGAGCAGUCAACGGGCUCUCCCAGCGGCGCGGCUCUCGAGCAGCGGUCCUUUGAGCGGAAGGCAGAAGAGGAUGAUGGGAAGAAGCAGGCAGUAGUGGCGUGGCUGGGUGAGUUUCAGCUGCAGUUCUACACCACCCACUUCCUCACCGCGGGAUAUGAUCUAGACACCAUUAGCCGCAUGACCCCCGAGGACCUCACGGGAAUUGGGGUCAUGAAGCCUGGACAUCGGAAGAAGUUAACGUCAGAGAUCAGCAAGCUGCCCUCCACGGACUGGCUGCCAGACCACAAGCCUGCCAAUCUGGCAGACUGGCUGUCUCACCUCGGUCUCAGUCAGUACUACCAGGUUCUGGUGCAGAACGGGUAUGAAAACAUCGACUUUGUCUCUGACAUCAGCCUUGAAGAUCUGCAAGAGAUUGGAAUUACUAAACUUGGCCAUCAGAAGAAGCUGAUGUUGGGAGUGAGGAGACUGAAGGAGCUGCAAAGGGGAGAAAGGAGCUCGGAGCCUCCUCAGAGCCCCUCGACGCCUCCACCCAGCCCAGGAGGCAGCGCCGGCUCAGAACCCCGGAAGGAGGCGAAGAAGCAGAGAGACGGAGCCCCCAGCCCGCUGGCCAAACCUCGCCCGGCUCCGCCGCACUCACAGAGCCCUCCCCACGCGCCGACGCAAACCCCGCCGCGGACCCCCCCACACGGCCGGUCCCAGCAGGCCUCCCCCAGGGCUCGCCCGCGCCCCUCCACCCAGACGGCGGCGGCGGCGGCCGACUCCUCGGUGCCGAUGCUCCGCCUGCCCAGUGUGGAGGAAGAGCGGCGGAGAACUCACAGCCUGAUCGGCUCGGAGUCGGACUCUAGGUACGCCACGGUGUGCCGCAGCAGCUCCACGCACCCCGCCCCCAACGACGUCACCGUCAACCGCAGCCAGUCGUCCGUCACCCUCCGCCCCCGCCGGAAGGGCCGGCCUCCGACGCCGCCCAAGCGCUCCUGCUCCUCCAUCACCGGGGGAGACGGGGAGGCGGAGGGACAGGUGGAGGGCCUGCUCGGGCUGCCGACCUAUCGCGAGCGGCGAGCCAGCGACUGCGGCGCCCUGGGGUCGGCUCUGAGGUCUCAGGACUCGGCGGGCCUGCAGAGAUCAGAGGGGGCGUCCGGGAGCGUCCGCAGCCUCGCCGCUAUGCUGGAAACCUCCAUGGUGGUUGGAGCCAAAACCUUGUCCAAGAAUCUGGGAGGCAGCACCAACUACCUACAGGUGAGUCCGCCUGUACUUCGCCGGCAGCCAGGUGCAGGCGGUCUUGGAUCCGAGGAUGACGAUGUCCUAAGCCGGCGCAGGACCAUCAGCGGGCCAGAAGGCCUCCCCGGUGAUGAGAUCGACCCGUUACCCCGGCAACCGGCCCAGCCACCAGCCCAGCAACGUCCAGAGCCUCGCCCCCGCUCCACCGUGGCCUCCUCAGAGGUCGCCGACGGCACAACGACCCUGCGGAGGAGGACGCGCCCCCAGCCGCCGGACUCCGAGGCGCCUCCGUCCGGGGAUGCCAAUGCAGUAACCCCGGCAACAGGCUCUGACACCAUGCGCAGGAGGCAGCGCACCGGUGACCAUGCAGAAAGUGUCGUUCCAAGCAAUAACCCAUUGGGCUCUCCCAGCAGCCAAACGGACGGCGGCCGGAAAAACGGCGGCGAGCCGCAGCAGAACGGCGGCGUGGUCCUGAGGCGGAGGCCGGUGUCUGAGGUCCCCGACAGGACGGAGGCCAACAGAGACAGCUGUGAGUGGAUGGAGGCUCGGAAGUCUCUGAGGCCGCCGGUGUCACCCAAGCCGUCCACCGCCCCGAGGAAGGCCCAAGGCGACCCCCCAACCCCGACGCGCAGGGUGCCCAUACCCGGGCCUGACAGUACCGAAACCGCACAGAGCCCCGAGCCGAAGCGCGUCCCGCCUCCCGUGUCCCCGAAGCCCCGCGGGCCGCCGACGGCGCCCAAACCGGGCAAAGCCGCAGCGUCUCCGGCCGCAAUGAGCCCGAGUGGCGCUGCCACCAGCCCGGCCGCAGCCAGCCCCACCCCGGCCCCGAAGCCCUCCUCUCCGCUCUCUGCCGCUCCUCUUCCAGCUCCCGACGGCCCGUCUGCUCCCUCGCUCUCCGCGGGACUCCCCCUCGCCUCCCCCUCCCCGGCCCAGAGCCCCUCCACGCCCUCCCCGCACCCGGUCAAGCCCCCCCGCUCGUCCAUCGCCGGCCUCUCCAUCGACCUGCUGGGCGGACGGGAGUUGGAGGAGGAAGAGGAGAGGAGGAAAGAGGAGGAGGAGAGGAGGCGAGAGAGGGAGCGCAAGAGGCAGAAGGAGCAGGAGGAGGAGAGGAAGAAAGCAGAGGAGGAGAAUCUGAGGGAGCUGGAGAGACACGCAGAGGAAGAGGAGCAGGGGGAGGAGGUGCAGCAUCGCUUGGAGGAGACCAGCGCCUCCUUGGCUGCAGCUGUGCAGGCUGUCGAACAUAAAAUCAAAGAGGAGGACGCGCAAAAUGACAAAAAGGCUGCAGUCUCCAUCUUGGACGACAUCGGCAGCAUGUUUGACGACUUGGCAGACCAACUGGAUGCAAUGCUCGACUGAUCCGUGCCCAGGUUCCAUCUGCAACGAGCCCCCCCCCCCCACUCCCCCAUCAUCUGUAGGCGUAUCAAGACAACUCUCCCAAGGCUCGACGCUGGCGCUCUAAGUGUGUGUGUGUGUGUGUGUGCGUGCGUGCGUGCGUGUUUGUGCGCAUGUCACUACUGCGUGAGCGCUUCUCAUGUAGCCUUGUACAGUGAUACCCGAGGAAGGGGGGGGAGGGAGUCCUCUUCGUCCGGUGCAGUAGCUCUGGCGCUCCUUCCGAUUGCGAGGGUGGGGUUGGGGGGGGGGCGCUCUCACACAACCUCUGACCUCCGCAGCCCAGCGAGUCGCGUGGACCCAGAAGCACAAUCACGCUCCACCUCCGGAAGGCCGACGCAGACGCUAACUCGGUCAGACCAGGGAAGGCAAACAGAUGAGCAUAUUGCUUGCAAAGAAAAUACAAAAAAAAUUAAAAAAAAUAAGCACACAAACUGACUGACAGGCGUGACAGGCAGAUAGAUGGAUAGCUAGAUCGAUAGACGAGAUGCGAACAGAUGAGAUGCCGAAGAGAGUUUUUAAAAGCACAUUGAAAGACAGGCCGCUUUCUGAGUCUGUCCCCCUCCCUGCGAUGUCAAAGCCUCCAUUCCUCUUCUGUAUGAGGGUGUGGUUAGCCGGACUUCAUGACCUGUGUGUCGUCAAUCUCUCUCUCUCUCCACGUUGUUGUCGUUGCUGUUGUUGUUAUUGUUGCCGUUGUUGUCGUUGCGAGUGUGUGUGUGUGUAGUCCCUGCUGAUGCUAAUGUCAACGUCCUCCCACUCGUACAGUAGUUAUUCUAAUGAUCAGAACAAUAAUAUAGAUGUGUGUCCAUGGAUUUUGAGACACUUGCAAACACAGACACAAACACGCGCACAGAAACGUGCACCCACACUACAUUGGUUUUAAUCUUGCUGGUGUUCCGCUUUGUUGGUGUUUAGCUCCAUCUACGGAGGUUUGCUUGGAAAUGAAUCUCCACAUUCACAUAUACACAUUUACAUGCAAAGACACAUAUAUACAAGCACACUCAUGCGGUGUAUCCUUUUGUCCUGCUGCAGUGAACAGUGUUUUUAAAAGAUAAUCCUAUAUUUCAAUGCUUUAUAUAGUACAUCCAGUAUACAUAGAGUUUAUAAUAUACCUGGGUAUUUCAGCUGUUAGAGCUCCCUCUAGUGUUGGUUAGUGAAACUGCCUCUAAUCUGCCCACCUUCUAUCUUGUCUCCCCUCCUUUUGACCUCCUCCCGUGUCCGUUUUUGUCCCCUCUGCAUCUCUCCGUGCCUUGGUAGUGUUUCCUCAUAUAUCUUCAAAAACAUUUUUUGAUUCUUUCUUUGUUGGUUUUCCAUUCAAACAUCUUUAAUGUGUUUUUUUUUCUUAUGAAACCUCCGCUCCUUGUGUCUUUUAUGUCGAAAGUAGCUUAUAACGUUGAGUUGUGAGUCCAAAGUGAUCCCCCCCACCCCCCCUUCCCCCAAAAAUCAAUCACCCUGUCUGCAGUCCUCCUGUACCCAUUGAGAAGCUUUGUGCGGAGCCCGUAGAAGUCCCCCCCUGUACGCUGUAACAAAUUGGCUCUGCUCCUCCUCGGCACCCCGGUUUUCCUUGGUCCCCCACGUAGGCCAGACAGUGGAACAACCACCAGUGUUCAUCCCGAUGAAAAGCCCACUUGUAUUUUUAUGCUCUUUAAAAACAGAGAUAUAUUUGAGAGACAGAUGGUUCUAUGUGAAUAAUAAUAAUGAUGAUAAUUAUAGACAUUGAAAUGAGGUGAGGUGAUUGAGCCUGUACAUUUAUGGUUGAGUUCUGGAUGUGUUGUGACAGCUGUUGUGCCAUGGUUGGGUUUAGGUUGUGUUUCUGCUGUGACGAUGCAUUCCUGUACAGCUGUGAUCAGAAUAAAUGUAUAAACUAAACCUGA